AUUAUACCAUUCUCGGACAAAACCCUGGGACAGAUUUUAUUUAAGAUUCAGAAGUAAGCCUCGCUGAAGAAAAGAGGCAAACGGAAGAGUAGAGAAGGGCCGAUCCAAAAUGUCGAAGCGAGGAAGGGGAGGUAGCGCGGGGAACAAGUUCAGAAUGUCGCUGGGUUUACCGGUGGCGGCUACGGUGAACUGCGCCGACAAUACGGGAGCCAAGAACCUUUACAUCAUUUCAGUCAAAGGAAUCAAAGGGCGUCUCAACAGGCUCCCAUCGGCUUGCGUCGGGGACAUGGUCAUGGCCACCGUCAAAAAGGGGAAGCCCGAUUUGAGGAAGAAGGUUUUGCCGGCCGUCAUCGUCCGACAACGCAAACCUUGGCGUAGAAAGGACGGCGUCUACAUGUACUUCGAAGAUAAUGCUGGUGUCAUUGUCAACCCCAAGGGGGAAAUGAAAGGAUCUGCUAUCACCGGUCCCAUCGGAAAGGAGUGUGCUGACCUGUGGCCUAGAAUUGCAAGUGCUGCCAAUGCUAUCGUGUGAAAGAUUUUCAUGGUUUUGUUUGCUACUAUUCUUAGAACAUGUUUUGAGAGGUUUUGAUUAGACAAUGGUAUAUCUAGUUGUCUAAAACUUGUUUCUUAGUUUCAUUUUAUGGAUAUGGUAUUACAACAGUUUUAGUAU